GAGUAGCUAAAGUUAAUGUUUUUCCAGUUUCUGCUGCCUUUAUACUUUUUUAAAAAAAACUACCGUGGAAAACACAACUCCCGCGGUGUCACGGCGCCAUCUAGUGGCCAAACCGAGAACUACAAAAACACAGGCAACAAACCAUCAUGGCGGCUGCCACAAGGCUUAUAUCAAGGAGGAGGCAGUGGGAUCGGACGGGCGGUGUGUCAGCGCUUCGCCUCUGAGGGCGCCUCCGUGGUGGUCGCUGACAUCAGCGAGGAGUCGGCCGACGAGACCCUGGGGAGCCUGCAGAGUGACCUCAGAGGACAGGGUCACAUGGCGGCUGUGGUGGACGUGUCGUCAAAAGAGAGUGUAAAGAAGCUGGUCACAAGUAUACAGUUAAUGUCCGCCUCUCCCUCCCAGACUCAUUACUUUCAGCCUCCCUCGGUGUGUGUGAACGCAGCAGGCAUCACCCAGGACGACUUCCUGCUCAACAUGGAGGAGGAUCAGUUUGACAAAGUCAUCCAGGUCAACCUGAAGGGUUCAUUCUUGGUCAUUCAGUCUGUCGCUCAGGCUCUGGUGGCCUGCGGAGCACCCAAAGGAUCCAUCGUUACUGUGGGCAGCAUCGUGGGAAAGGCGGGAAACAUCGGACAGGCAAAUUACGCCGCCUCUAAAGCUGGAGUGGAGGGUUUAACCAGGACAGCUGCCAAAGAGCUCAGCAGGUUUGGGAUUCGUUGUAAUUGUGUGCUGCCAGGUUUCAUAUCGACUCCGAUGACAGAUAAAGUUCCAGAGAAGGUUAUUAGCAAGAUGAAGUCCUUGGUGCCUCUGGGAAGAAUGGGUGAGCCUGCAGAGGUCGCUGAUGUAUGUGCCUUUCUGGCUUCAGAUGACUCUCGAUACAUCACAGGAGCCAGCAUUGAAGUGACAGGAGGACUUUUCAUUGGAUGAAUCGGCUGUCCGUCACACUGAUGAAGACCAAUGGGAGGCCAGUUCCUUCAUAGUUAAUUUAAUUGUUAAAGAAAUGUUACUUUUAUUAACACUUAAAGGAGCAGUGUGUAGGAUUUCUGCCAAUAGCUCCUCUUAAAUGUUACACACUGCACCUUUAAGUCAUGAUUACUGUUCAUUAUGUUUUAUAAAUCUGGUUGUAAACAUGUACUAUGCAGUGUAAAGCCACUUUUUGUGCCAAUAAACACCUGUUUGUAAUA